CUUGGUGACUUGAAUGGGAAGCUGUGGAAGAAAAUGCAGACUCAGUUGACACUAUUGAUGUGUGUGGUGGCGGUAUCGUGUGCCGCCCCACAGUACUUCUACCAUCAUCGAGCCUUUCCUCAGAGAGCAAAAUAUGAGAAUUUUCGUUCCAAGAGCUUCAGUCGCCCAACACCUGAGGAUGUCGAGUUCAGGCUCUACACUAGUUCACCACAGGCAGACAUGAACGUCAUUCUCACCCAGUGGCAAGAGCUGGCCAACGGCAUCAGGUACGACAUAGCUGCCAGAAAUACCUAUUACGUGGGUAUUGCUAUGGCUGAUCUGCUGAAAUUCCUUGAGAAUAACACCGAAGGCUUCAACGGUAGCAAAGUACACCUCGUAGGCUUCAGUUUGGGCGCACACGUGUCUGGAGUCGCUGGACACAAGUACCCAGGAGUGGCCAGGAUUACAGGUCUCGACCCCGCGGGCCCGCUGUUCGAAGACGGCAACCCGGAGAGCCGGCUCGACCCUUCCGACGCAGAUCUCGUCGACGCCAUCCACACCAACGCAGGAUACCUCAUAACGGGACACUUCGGCUACAACGACCCCGUAGGACACCUCGAUUUCUACGUGAACGGCGGCAAGUCUCAGUACGGUUGCCCGCCUUUCAUCUGGGAUAGCAUCGUCGAGAUCAUAACACUGUCACCAGGAGACAUCGACGCUUGUAGCCAUGGUCGCGCCCACGAGUAUUUUCUGGAGUCCAUCCUCUCCCCCGAACCCACAGUCGGAUUUCAGUGCCCCGACUACGAGAACUUUGAGAUCGGAGAAUGCUUUAACACACCUCGAGCUGCUAUGGGUUACGAUGUCACACGCGAAGCUAGGGGAGUGUUUUACGUUGAUACGCAGGGUGAGGCUCCCUUCUUCUCUCGCCAUCUGGAAGUGAACUUAACAAUAGGAGAGGGCGAGAGCACGUACCACGGAGAACUCACUUUCCAUACUAUUAUUCCCGGGCGAGAAACAAAGGAGGUUGUUAUGUUUAGUGGCUGGCCUUCACUCCACCCUGGCGAUCUCCACAAGACUGCCCUCACCAUACCUUCGGGAAUUAGCAUUGACGAGGUACCUAUCGACGUGGCUUUCCAUAAGAAUUACCUGCUGCCUCUCUCGCCCAACCACCUCAACGUACAGAGCAUUGUGGUUGUCGAUACGUACACGGAGCAAGAAUAUUGCCUGGCUAGCAGGAAGGUCCUCCAGUCUGGUACGACGUAUUCCCUGAGAGCUGCACUUGGGUCCUGUUGAAAGAAGACCUUUUCGUGAAGUACUGUAUUUGGCGGCAGUUAAGACACGCACCCAUUCCAGCUGGGGAAAUAUGGGAAAACAGAAGAUUUAAAACAUACCCAUUUCAGCGAGAGAUUUACAGGAAAACAGAAGAUUUAAGACAUACCCAUUUCAGCUAGGGAUUUAUAGGGAUACUACCGAUAUAAGACAAACUCUAAUUACAGCUGAGGAAAUAUAGGAAAACAAAACCCAUUUUAACAAAGGAUUAAUAAUAAUAAUAAUAAAAAGACAAACCAUAAUUUCAGGAAGAAAUGUAUAACAAACAAAAUAUUUAAGACAUCUAUUUUAGCAAGGGAUACGUAGGAAAACAAAAUAUUUAGGACACACCCAUUUCAACUAAGGCUAUAUAUAUGCAUAUAUAUAUAUAUAUAUA